GAGCAAGAUGGCAGCGCCCAUAGCAAUCAGCGGAUGAGUCAGCGGUACAAAAAAAUAGCACAUUUGACAGCGAAACAUCAGUUUCACAAUAGCGGAAAAGCACAGUGGAGCAGUACCUUCCACUAAUAAGAGGAGAGAAUAUGGGAGACAAGAUUAUAAUUCGUGUUCAGUCAUGUGAAGGCACAAAACGAAUACAGACAACGAAAUCUGAGUCCACAGACAAGUUCUUGGAGAAGGUCUGCGCAGCAUUUAACUUGGCAAGCUCACAGUAUAGAUUGUACACAGACAGAGAGAAGACCAAAGAAAUUAAGCAGACAGCAAAGCCAAUCAGCACCUUUAAGUAUAAGCUGAAACAUGGAGACUUGCUAUCUCUCGUAGUGCUUGACUCGCCACGUCCACCAGGGGGCGACAAGGGCAUGCCUGUCAUCGAAGAUGAGAUUGAUGUGUUUCUCAAUAAACAAGAUGGCAAGGUUGAUCGGGGGCCGGACCCUAAAUACUGCCAGCACAGGAAGAGAGAGAAGUGCAUUCACUGCACGCCGCUGGAUCCGUGGGAUGAGGGCCAUCUACGGGAGCAGAACAUCAAGCACAUGUCCUUUCACUCAUACGUGCGCAAGCUCACGUGCGGUGUAGAUAAGGGCAAGUUUGCAAUGCUGGAGAACAUUAGCUGUAAGAUCAAGCCCGGAUGCACAGAGCACAUGCCCUGGCCAGGCGGAAUCUGUACCAAGUGCCAGCCAAACGCAGUCACCCUCAGCUGGCAGCCAUAUCGCCACAUCGACAACGCGUCGUUUGAGAACGGCCACGUCGUCGAAUGCUUCCUUGACUUCUGGCGCAAGUCUGGCCAGCAGCGCUUCGGCUAUCUGUACGGACGAUACGAGCACCACAAGGACGUGCCGCUCGGAAUCAAAGCAACCGUCGCUGCCAUCUACGAACCGCCCCAGAUUGGCACCGAUAGCAGCAUUGAGCUAUUGGACGACGACCGGGAAGAGGCAGUCAAUCAGGUGGCCAAGGAGCUUGGUUUGGUCAGGGUUGGCUGCAUCUUCUCUGAUCUCGUAGCCGACGACACACGCAGGGGCACCGUGAAGCAUUUCAGGAAUAUGCAAACACACUUUCUAAGUGCGGAGGAAAGCAUCUUGGCGGGUCGUCUCCAGAACCAGCAUCCGAGUCCGUGCAAGCUGUCUCCUGAUGGCCACUUCGGUUCUAAAUUUGUCACUAUUGUGAUAUCAGGUGACAAGGAGAACCAGGUGCACAUGGAAGGCUACCAAGUGUCGAACCAGUGCAUGGCGCUCGUGGGGGACGACAUCCUGGUGCCGACGAAGGACGCCCCUGAACUGGGAUACAUCCGCGAAUCGACCAACGAACAAUAUGUCCCCGAUGUCUUCUUCACGGAGAAGGACACGUACGGUAACAAGGUGACGCAGCUCGCGCGACCGCUGCCCAUCGAGUACCUGCUCAUAGACGUUCCUGUGUCGACGCCGCUGCGGCCGCAACACACGUUCCGGCCGCCGCCCCUCCCCGCAGCCGCAGCCGCCGCCGCCGGUGGAGGAGGUGGCGGCCACCGCGCGUUCCCGAUCGAGAAUCGGCGUGCGACGGGAGACGCUCAGGACUUCCACGCGCUCGCGGCAUACGUGCGCCAGUUCGCCGCCGACGCGGGCAGCGAGACACGCCUUGAGGCGAUGUCCGACUUCCACCUGCUCGUGUUUCUAGCGACUGCCGACAUGUUGCCACUGAGAGGCAAGAUGUCGCCACUGUUGACUGCCGUCCGGACGAAAGACGCUGACCUAGCAGCGCACUGGUGCAAGAGUGAGGAGUGGGGCACAGUUGAGCAGCUUAUACAGGCGCAGGGGUUAAGACAUUUUGAUGAUGUUGACAAUGACGGCAAGUGUUGA